UCCGCCAUUUUUCUUCAGGGAAUCGGUAUACAUCUUAUUGGCACACUUAUAGACAAGAGAAACCCGUCGGGAGGGAUAACUAUAAUUAGCCAGAUCCCUCUUUGACAGCUGAUGAGAGAUGCGUCAACUUGCAUUGGUGUCUUAUUUUCUUUUUUGACUUCAUCAUCAUUAUGUGUUUUGGCGGUCUGCGCCGCUUCGCUACUGUUGUCGGCUGCUGCAUGCACCGCGUUCUCUAGCGCGCGCUUUCUACAAGUCAAUAAGCCUAUAAAUAUGACAGGGGUAAAAAUCCCUGCAGCAGUGUAACCGAGCUUCAUUGUUGUAUAAGAAGGACGAUAUCAAUACAGCAUAAUUAUAACAGUUAUCGCUGUUUAUUUUUAUUCGACGCUAACUUCACUUGGGAUCUGAGAGUAUAGCAAAAUUUCUUGGAUGUUUUAGAUUUCCAGGCGAACUUUGUUGGAUAGUAUUGAGCUUUCUUAAAGACUUUUUUCUUUAACUUUUUUGUGAUUUUACUUCUAUAGAAAUUUAACUCAUUGAGGAGUUGUGAUGUUGAAGUGAUUGAACAAUACGGUAACAUUUUGGACAUUUAUCUACCAACCGUAACAAUCGCCAUGUUUUCAGUGAUAGCUUCGUCUGCUAGAGUGUCCUCGCCAUCAGCGUCAUGCAGCAAAUCAGGACACCAUCACCAGUCUCAUCCGAUGAAUUCCGAAAUGGAACACAACUACGAGGUGGGCAACGCCAAAAACAUCCAGGAUAAGGAACGCGAGACCUUCCUGUCCUACGGUAUUUUCAAUAUGGUGGCUGGGAAAAGGACUGCAGAAUUACUCCACAAACAACAUAAACACGAACUGCAUCGCCAGUCUCACUCAGACGUUUACAAACUGUCAGAUUUAUUUCAUCAUCACAAACAUUCAAACGAAUCGACUCCCAACCCUUCUCCCAAACUAAAACACCAACGCCCCACGCAUGCGCACACGAUAGACUUGACAGAGCACCUGAUGGCCAACGCCAGUAGUAAGACACACGGACAUGGCAACCACCACCACAAAGGUUCCAAAAGUGAUCUGUCGAAACCGUCGGAAAGUCAGAAACACAAGAAACCAAGCGACCUUCAACCGAGCCACUCGAUGGAUUCCAUUUUACAUAAAUCCGGCGUGAGCUGUCAUAAGCCCCACAAAUGAUCCCCGUGAUCUGUUGUUUUGCGCGGUGUUUCGUCGCGACAGGUGGUGAAUCUUCAACACUAUUUCUGUUGGAUCAGAGAGAGGGAGAAAGAGAUGGGGGUUUUCUGGUACUUGGGGUCGCGUUACAAAUACACUUUUGCACAUGAUGUCUGCUGCGAACUUUAUAUCUCUUUUUCUGGAGCGAAAACAGAUAUCGUGGAAGUGAAUUUGGGCAUAAAAAUAAAA